AUGGCUCCGACAACCCUCGCAGACGCCUUCUCCCCCAUCUCCUCCGCGACCGCCCUCAUCGUGCCCGGGUCGCCUGCACUUGAGGUCUCUUACGCGAAGCUCACCGAGGAUGUGAAGGCCUUCCAGGCGCAAUUGGCCAAGGUUGGCGUGUCUGCGCAAGCAGCCGUCUCCAUUGCGCUGCCCAACACAUACGAGUUCAUCGUCUCCUUCAUUGCUGCAUCGUGGCAACGCGCAAUUGCAGCUCCCCUGAACCCGGCAUACAAGCAGUCAGAGUUCGAGUUCUAUAUCGACGACCUCAGCUCUGCGAUUGCUCUGGUUCCGAAGGGUGCAUUCGCGCAGGAUGCGGCUGCUGUAAGGGCGGCGAGGAAGUACCAGGCGGCGAUCGCUGAGUGCUACUACAACGGAAAGGAGGUCGUCUUGGACGUCAAGGAGACUGGCAAGCUUGCUGGAAAGACCUCGCCUGUGCUGUCUGCGCAGCCUGACGAUGUGGCCCUUGUGCUACACACCAGCGGCACCACUGGACGUCCCAAGGCAGUGCCACUUACGCACCGCAACCUUCUCCGCACCAUGCAGAACAUCCAAGGAACGUAUGAUCUGACACAUGAGGAUCGCACCAUGCUCGUUAUGCCUCUCUUCCACGUGCAUGGCUUGCUUGCUGGCUUCCUUGCGCCAUUGGCGUCCGGUGGUUCGGUUGUUGUGCCACCGAAGUUCUCCGCAUCCGAGUUCUGGAGAGACUUCCAGACGCACAAGGCCAACUGGUAUACAGCUGUGCCCACCAUCCAUCAGAUCUUGCUGAAGAGCCCAAUCCCGAGCCCACUACCUGCCAUUCGCUUCAUUCGAUCAUGCUCGUCUCCCCUCUCGCCGAAGACCUUCCACGAUAUUGAGCAGAACUUCAAAGCUCCUGUGUUGGAGGCUUACGCGAUGACCGAGGCGGCACACCAGAUGACGAGUAACCCUCUGCCACCUGGUCAGCGCAAGCCAGGCAGUGUGGGGCUUGGUCAAGGUGUUGAGGUCAAGAUCCUUGACGAUGCGGGUGACGAGGUUCUCCGGGGCAAGGAGGCUGAGAUCUGCAUCCGUGGUGAGAAUGUUACCAAGGGCUACUUGAACAACCCAACCGCAAACGCCUCGUCAUUCACCAAGGGGGGCUUCUUCCGCACUGGCGACCAGGGCAAGCAGGAUGAGGAUGGCUACGUAAUCAUCACAGGUCGCAUCAAGGAGCUGAUCAACAAGGGUGGAGAGAAGAUCAGCCCAAUCGAGCUUGACAAUGUGAUUGCGCAGCACCCUGUCGUUUCUGAGGCUGUCAGCUUCGCUCUGGAGGAUGAGAUGUAUGGCCAAGACGUCGGUCUUGCGGUUGUCGUCAAGGAAGGCCAGAACUUGUCUGCGGGCGAACUGAAGACAUGGUUGACCGAUCGCAUCGCCAAGUUCAAGCUGCCAAAACAGAUUUUCUUCACCGAUAUCAUGCCUAAGACGGCUACUGGCAAGAUCCAGCGACGCCUUGUUGCAGAAGCCAUGCUCAAGCAGCCCAAGGCCAAGAUCUGA